AGAAAGUAUUGAAAAAAUUCAAUGAAAACAGAGAGAGGGUGAGAGAGACACUAACCAGUGGAAGAAGUGAAAGUGUGAAUGUGGGGGAGUCCCAACCCAAGCAUGGGGGCUAGGGCUGGGUUAGUUUGUCUCUCUUCUUCCCUACCAACAACAACAACUGGCGAUGAUCGCAUUCACGUCUUCUGGCACGAUGGGAUGUUGAAUCACGACCCUGGAACUGGCGUAUUCGAUUCCGGAAUCGACCCUGGGUUUCUCGAUGUUCUCGAAAACCACCCUGAAAACUCAGAUAGAGUCAAGAACAUGCUCUCUAUUCUCAAAAAGGGUCCUCUCUCUCCUUUCAUUUCUUGGCACACUGGUAGACCUGCCCUCAUCCCUGAAUUGCUCACUUUUCACACUUCAGGAUAUAUAGAUGAAUUAGUUGAAGCGGAUAGAAAUGGGGGGAAGAUGAUUUGUGCUGGGACUUUCUUGAAUUCCGGCUCAUGGGACGCUGCACUUCUAGCUGCUGGCACUACCUUGUCAGCAAUGAAGCAUAUACUUGAUGGUCAUGGAAAAAUCAGUUACUCAUUAGUUAGGCCUCCGGGCCAUCAUGCUCAGCCGACUCAAGCUGAUGGGUAUUGCUUUCUUAAUAAUGCGGGUCUUGCUGUCCAGUUAGCUUUGGAUUCGGGUUGUAAAAGUGUUGUGGUUGUCGACAUUGAUGUUCAUUAUGGGAAUGGGACUGCUGAGGGGUUUUACCACUCCGAUAAAGUUCUCACUAUUUCUCUUCAUAUGAAUCAUGGUUCGUGGGGUCCUUCUCAUCCGCAUAGUGGAAAUGUUGAUGAGCUUGGUGAUGGAGAUGGGUUCGGUUAUAAUUUGAAUAUACCUUUACCGAAUGGGACAGGAGAUAGAGGGUAUGAGUUUGCCAUGACAGAGUUGGUUGUCCCUGCGGUCCAAAAGUUUCAGCCAGAUAUGAUGGUUUUAGUUAUCGGCCAAGAUUCAAGCGCUUUUGAUCCAAAUGGAAGGCAAUGCUUGACGAUGAAGGGUUAUAGAGAGAUUGGGAGGAAAAUUCGUACUCUGGCCGAUAAGCUAUGCGAUGGACGCCUAUUGAUUGUACAAGAAGGUGGAUAUCAAGUUACAUAUUCAGCUUAUUGUCUUCACGCAACACUUGAAGUUUCGAACCAAAGGCAAAUUCAAGGAAGAAGAGUUACAAGCUCUACAGGAAGAAGUGGAGACUUCAGAGCAACUUCAUGUUAUGAUGGAAACAAUUGCACAGGGCGAAGUCAAAGAGAAGAAGAAGAAUAUGCUUUAUAAUCUUACUGUUGAACUGGAUAUUCCAGGAAUACAGAAGAUCUCUUUAAAUGCAAUUCUUGAUACUGGAGCAACAACAUGCGUUGUCGACUCAGAAUCUGUUCCAACAGAAGCCCUUGAAGCAAAUACAUAUACUGUGGAAUUUAAUGGGAGUUUCACCAAGCAUAUUCUCAAUGAACAUAAUUUUAUCUCUUGCAUCAGUGAAUCCUUGCAUAGAGACAUGCGCCUUUGUAAUUGAUUCCCAUCUCAUGAAUACAUCAUCAAACUUUCUGACAAUGU